AUGAAUACUUUUAAAUGCGGGAAAACGCAAAUUUAUAACAUAAUUAAAAACAAAAUUAAAAUUAGAGAAGAAUGGUUAAAAGUAAAUGGGAAAAGCAAACGAAGUUUAAAGAAGACUGUUAAUGAUGAAAUUAACAAAGCAGUUUGGAAUUGGUUUGUUAAAGCUAGAUCUAAGAACAUUCCAAUUAGUGGUCCAAUGCUUCAGGAAAAAUCCAAGGACAUCGCGAUUAAAUUGGGGAACACCGAUUUUAAAGGUUCCAACGGUUGGUUGGAAUGUUUUAGUAAAAGACAUAAUAUUUCAUGGAAUCAAGUAUGUGGAGAAUCUAAUGAUGCCAAUGUUGACGAAGUAAAUGAAUGGAAAUCAAAAUUAGUACUACAAGCUAUUCAAUGGUUAAAUGUAGCUGUCAAUAAAUUAAAACCACAAACAAUUAAAUCAUGUUUUGCAAAGGCUGGGUUUUAUGAAAAUGAAAUAGACGAUAAUGAAGAAUAUGAAGACGUACAGCGGUUAUGUACUUCUAUGGGUAAUUCACAUAGCAUUAAUGAAUUUAUAAAUUUAGACAAUAAUGUAUACACGGAUAAUGACGACAUAAAUGUUUUAAUUGACGAUCAAUCAACAAAUCAAUCGGAUUCUGAAAAUGAAGAUAAUGAAGGAAACAAUGAAAGAAAUGAUGAAGAAAACCAAUUGAAAACAUACAAGGAAACACUUAUUUACAUCAAGAGUUUAGAACAAUUUUCAAUGAAUAAAUGUUAUAGUGAGUUAUUGGAAACGAUAUCGUGGGCAAAAAUAAGUUGA